ACCGAGUUUGCCGUUGAAAUGACGUGCGAGUCUUGCGUUAACGACGUAACCAAUGUCAUGAAAGAUGUUCCAGCGCCUCCUUCUGCUAUUUCAAAAGCAUUAAAAAAUACUGGGCGUACAGUCAUUGUUCGUGGCCAAGGUGUCCCAGAUGGCCAAGGUCAUUCUGGCGCUGCUGUCUGUAUCUUUGAUUGCUAUGGCGCAGAUCCAGCUGCCAAAUUGCCUACUGGAAAAUCAGGUUUAGCUCGUUUUGUUCAAGUAGAUAAUGAUACAUGCUUAAUUGACUUGACUAUUCAGGGUUUGUCUCCUGGUAAGCAUGGUGUUCAUAUUCAUGAAUCAGGCGAUAUUUCAAGCGGUUGGCAAUCUACAGGCGAUCACUAUAACCCCACAGAAGUUAAUCAUGGUGAUAUGGAUCAUGGUCAUAUAGGCGAUCUUGGUAAUAUUGAAGUAGACGAAAAUGGUUGGGGAGAUCUUGUUGUUGAGAGUACGCGUAUCAAAGUCUGGGAUAUCAUUGGUCGAAGUAUGGUAGUAACAGAAAAAGAAGACGAUUUAAAGAGCACCACAAAGGACGGUAAUAGUGGCAAUGGUAUCUUGUGUGGUAUUAUUGCCCGUAGUGCUGGUGCUUUCGAGAACACAAAAUUAGUGUGUGCCUGCAAUGGCAACACAUUAUGGGAAGAAGCCCGUCUUGUUGAAAAAGAAGUAAAAUAA